AUGUCAGGUCUAUCAUGGAAUCAACUGUUUCUUGAUUGGAUUAAGGAAUUGGCCGAUGCUAAAUCCUCAGGGGCGUCAGCAAAUAUCUCUGUGGGUCGUCUGCAAGAUACAUAUAUGAAAGCAUACCUCAGUCUAGAAUCAUGUCCCAAACAAUUCAGCCAUCCAUCCCAGCUUAAGGAGUUGAAAUUUUUUGGCGAGAAAAUCUGCAGCACACUCACGAAGAAAUUGAAGAUUUACUGUGCGAGUGAAGGUAUUCCAGUUCCCAACGACCCUAGCACACAGGUAACUCUGGAUUGGGCCAGUGUCGAGGCAGUAGACGAGGAUUCACUGGAACACCCUGGAGAGAAGAGUACUGAUGUUAAACAAGACAAAAGAAAAUCAAAGAAAAAGCGGAAGCAAGCUGAUCCAAAGUUGUUUGUUCCUCGACAUCGAAGCGGUGGGUAUGCAAUUUUAUUAGUGUUGCGGGACCAUGAAAAAAGUGACCAUUUUCAUGGCCAGGGUCUUGGUAAGUCGGAUAUAAUCCGAAAUGCCAAGGCCAAAGAGUACUGUGACACGUCGUUUGAAAGUGGGACAAAUACAGGCAAUUUUUAUAGUGCCUGGAACUCGGUGAAUACAUUAGUCAAAAACGGCCUUGUAUACUCUACAUCCUCUAGGAAUUGUCAUUACUUUUUAACCCCAGAAGGCCGCCAAAUUGCAAAUAAGCUGUAUCGCGCCACUAAAGAAGCAUUGGGUGAGUCUGCAUCAUCAGAUCCUGUUGGUCCUAUAGAUUCAACUCAUGAUUAUUCACUCACUCAUGCUUCCGACCCUAGGAACAUGCAGCGCGAUUCGUUCAUGGCUAUUCUCUGGCCAAGAGGGACGUAUGAGAUCAAACUACUUCUAGAUAAUAGAGAAGUUAAAAGCUCUAACAACCGUGAUUACUUUUCGGAACAACUUUCUUCAAACGGAAUUGACGUGGAAGUUAAGACUUUACCCGUGGGUGAUGUUAUAUGGGUUGCUCAACAUAAAGAAACACACCAACAAGUUGUCAUUGACUAUAUCCUUGAAAGAAAGAGACUAGAUGACUUAAUAAGUAGUAUUAAAGAUGGUCGAUUCAGUGAGCAGAAGUCAAGAUUACGGCGGUCAGCAUUAAAAAAUGUUAUAUACCUUGUGGAAGAGCCUAAAGGAAUGACUGCUGGGGUAUAUCGCAAUCACGUUUUAACCGCAAUGUCACAGUCAAUGGUGGUGGACAACUUCAUGCUGCGUAGAACAAAUGGGCCAGAUGAGACAGUUAAGUAUCUAACAUCAGUAACUCGUCAACUGGAAGAAAUGUAUAACACCAGGCCGUUAGUGGUUAUAUACCCACAUGUUGAAACGUUUAGGUCGUCGGUUUCUAAAGCACGUGAGCAAUAUCAGAGUGGUCAGGUUGAUCCAGAACAUCUUGAUGUGGCUUCAAUUGUGGAAAUUGGGAUUGACUAUGACUCAUUCAAUAUUAGUUUGUCUAAAACUGGUAUGUUCACAAUUAGGGAAGUGUUUCUAAAGAUGCUCAUGACUAUUCGAGGAGUUUCUUGGGACAAAGCUGUUGCCAUUCAAAAGGUGUAUCCAACGCCCCGAGAUUUAUUUGAUGCAUAUAACAGUGAGCAAACCAUUGAAAGCAAGAAAAACAUGAUCUAUGAAGCGCUCAAAGAUAACAUUUCCCGAAAACGCGUGGGAAAGUUACUUUCAGAGAAGAUUUUUGAAAAUUGGGGUUGUAAGUUAGAUGAGGCUUAG